UACAAACAAAAUAUAAUUGCAUUUACCUUAAAUGUGUUUUGUUUAGUUUUUGAAGCACAACUUAACCUAAACCCCAAAAAAAAAAAAAAAGAAGCACAAUUUUAAAUAGUCGGAAGUGAAAAAUAAACUGUAUUUAAUAAUAAUUUAGUUUGUUUGAAUAUAUAUUAAGCAUGUAUACAUGUCUUCUGUUGGAACUCUGAAUAAAAGUGUAGGGUAUGGAGGAAGAUUGCCCGCAGUAUAAAUAUCGACCUUCGGCCACUGUAAUACUUGCGAUUGAUAAAAACGAUUUGCUUUCCAAACACAAUUAUGAGAUUCUACUUUUUGAACGCACUACGCAUACGGCUUUUACGCCUGGGCACUGCGUUUUUCCUGGAGGCACUUUCGAAGAAGCAUCAGAUGAAAGCCAAGAAUGGUUGGAUUAUUUUAAAAAUUAUGGCAUAAACCCAAAUCUACUGGAUAGUUUAAUUGUUCAAUAUUCCUGCAUUAAAAGAUCAAAUCCUCUUCUAACGAGCGGAAAAAAUUUGUCACGCGAUAUUUCAUUGCGAAUAACCGCCUUGCGCGAGACAUUUGAAGAAGUUGGAAUUUUAUUAUUUCGAGAUCAUGAAACUCUCAAGAAGCUUACUUCGACGCCUGCUUUUGGGGAAGAUUACAAUAGUCUGAACUUUGAUCGUGCUAAGUGGCAGAAUGCAGUCCAUAAUGAUGCAAAACAGUUCCUGUACUUAUGUCAGUCUCUUCAAAUAGUUCCGGACUUAUGGUGCCUGUACGAAUGGUCAUUAUGGCGCUCACCACUGGAAGCAACAAAAAGAUAUGAUACCGUAUUUUACUUCGCAAGUCUUGCACAGAGACCAAAAUUAUUACCGGAACGCACUGAAGUCAAAGUGGCUAUGUGGCAAACGGCAUCAGAAUUCUUGGAACUCUAUAAACAGCACAAAAUAUGGUUACCCCCUCCUCAAGUAUAUGAACUUUUGCGACUUUCAAAUAUUAAAAGUUUACAAAACUUGACAAAUUUCGCUUGCGUAAGAAGUAAACAAGGUACAAAUCUACUUACACCGGUUUAUUACAAGUGCUUGGACGCUGUGAUUUUAGCUUUGCCUGGUGACGAAAUGUACCCCACCAAUCCCAAUAAACCAAUGAAAGUAAUUGAUUGUAGCAGUAAACAGCUAUUAAAUAUGACAAAACAGCUCCAUCGAUUAGUUCUUUUCGACGUAUAUAACGGAAUAGUUCAAAAAAAUAUUUUCGCAACAGACGGUCAUUUAAGUUUUUUUACAAAAAAUAAACUUUAGUAUAUAGAUAUA